CUCACCGUGCAGCGCGGUAAAAACACUAGUAAAUGAAACAAAAGUGUUGUGCAAUUGCAACACAAUGUGAACCUGCACUAAACUCACCCAAUGAGCAAAGGGUUGCAGCAGAUAGAGCGCAGGAUCCUGAGUCUCCUUCACGGUGCCAAAACCCGCACUCAACUCACCCAAAUCCACGCCCAUUUCCUCCGCCAUGGCCUCCACCACUCCAACCAAAUCCUCGCCCACUUCAUCUCCGUCUGCGCCUCCCUCCACCGUGUCCCUUACGCCACUCGCGUCUUCAACCACUCCCCCAACCCCAACAUCAUCCUCUUUAAUUCCAUCAUCAAAGCCUGCUCCUUAUCCCCACCCUUCCAACAAUGCUUCCACCUCUUCUCCUUAAUGCGCAAUGCCCGCGCCAUUUCCCCUGAUUACUUCACCUUCCCCUCUCUGCUCAAAGCCGCUUCCAACCUCCGUGACUUUCAGCUGGGCCAGUCGCUUCACGCCCAAGUCACCACGCUUGGGUUCGCGCGCCAUGGUCCUGUUCGUGUGGGGGUAGUUGAGCUUUAUGCGAAUUGUGAGAGAAUGGGGGACGCGGGCAAGGUGUUCGAUGAAAUGCGUGAGAGAGAUGUAAUUGUUUGGAACCUGAUGAUUCAAGGUUAUUGUAAGGUGGGGGAGUUGGAAACGGGUUUGGAGCUUUUUAGGCGGAUGGGCGAUCGCAGUGUUGUGUCGUGGAAUCUUAUGAUUUCUUGCCUGGCGAAGGGUAAGAAGGAGGAGGAAGCUCUUGUGCUUUUUCGCGAGAUGUUGGAGAAGGGUUUUGAACCUGAUGAUGCGACCUUGGUGACUGUGCUUCCUGUUUGUGCUCGCCUGGGAGCUGCGGAUGUUGGGGAGUGGAUCCAUUCGUACGCAAACGACAAGGGAUUCCUUAGAGACAUUGUUUCUGUUGGGAAUUCACUUGUGGAUUUCUAUUGUAAAUGUGGGAACCCUCAAGCUGGGUUGAGCGUUUUCAAUGAGAUGCCGAUGAGAAAUGUUGUAUCUUGGAACGCGAUGAUAUCGGGUAUGGCGUAUAAUGGAAUGGGUGAAGUCGGAGUUGGCUUGUUUGAGGACAUGGUGCGUGGAGUGACCCCUAAUGACUCCACUUUCGUUGGGGUUCUGGCUUGUUGUGCUCACGCGGGUCUUGUUGAUAGAGGGCGUGAGCUCUUCGAUUCAAUGGCUGUGAAGUUUCAGCUUUUGCCAAAACUGGAGCAUUAUGGUUGUGUUGUUGACCUGCUUGGGCGUUGUGGCCAUGUCAGGGAAGCUCUUGACUUGAUUCGAAGCAUGCCUAUGGAGCCAACUGCUGCCUUGUGGGGUGCCUUGCUCAGUGCUUGUCGGACUCAUGGUGACAGGGAAAUUGCUGAAAUUGCAGCUAAAGAGCUCGUUAAUGUUGAACCCUGGAAUUCUGGACACCAUGUGCUGCUGUCCAACAUUUAUGCAGAAGAAAUGAGAUGGGAUGAAGUUGAGAAAGUUAGAGUGUUGAUGCGCGAAGGCCACAUCAAGAAAGUUCCAGGGCAGAGUGCAACAACAUAGCCUAUGUUUAGAUACUCGUUUGCACCAGUGCAAACUCUUCUUAUGAAUUGGGAUGAAAGUCCGAUGUUGCACUCAACUCACAUAAUCGCGAGAAAUAAAUUCAUCAUUUGGUCCAUGCAAACUAGAGGAUUUUCCUGUUCUUUUGUAAUGCAUGAAGUUAAGUUAAACAAGUUGUAGUGUCAUGAAGAUUAGAGGAUGGCAGCACCUAUCUGAUUUGUGACAUGACAAAUGAAUACCAGUAAACCGUUUCCAGACAAUUCCAACAUUUCAUGGUAUUGAAUUAGAAAGGAGUCUGAAUAUGUCAAACUUAAAGAAAUGUAGUGAUUGGUCCACAAGCGCACUGGAUACUUUAUCUUCCAGCAAUAUUUACUUGCAUAUUGAUUCACAGAUUUUAGUGCUUUUUAGAUUUUAGAUGAAGAAAAGUCCAUGUAGUUUUAAGUGUGCCUUUUUGUUCUUGUAUAUUAUUCUAAAGGAGUAUGAAAUACAUUUUAGCUACUUAUUUUCUGUCUCUGCCUAUUUAUUUACUGUCUAAUGGCAAUUUUUUGGGUGCCA